AAUCAAAUAGAAAACCAGCAGAGGCAUGCUGAGGCCAUGAGGUGCUUGGCAAAGAUCUGGGGAGUCUUGGAGAAGAUACGGUUGGCACAGCUGUACGAGAAGGAGAAUGGCGGGGAUCUGAAGAUGCCACCGUUGUUCGAGUUUACGACGUGGUUCUUGAAAGGAGCAGAUAUGGAUGAGUAAGCGCAGUAUCCAUGCAUCUGAUAACGAGUUGCUUUCAUUUACAUGUGACACUCACUCUCAUUAAGCGAGUACGCAGACGGCCGCGCAAUUGCCUACGGUGCCCUUUGUCGGAUAAUGUGGCGACGGCACGAUCAGCCUUUCUUGGAGGAUUACUAUCCACAUUUCUACCGGCUUCUGACUAAGGGAUUGAGCAGCAGUGACCCACAAGUGAUAACUGCCAUCCUUUCGAACUCCCGAAAGCUUUUCGUGCUGGGCCUACCAGGAAGCUAUAUACUUGUCAAGCCUUUCCUUUGCUGCAUAAGAAACAUGUCUGGUACUUCAUACACACCUGGUAUCCUCAAUCUCCCCGCUACCGUUCACCAAAACGCAAUCACAAUCCUUCAGUCCCUCAUCUCGGUUCCGAAUCAUUACACGACCCCAACGCCCACAAUCCGUCGGCCGGGAAGCGCCCCACCACACAUGCAGUCCUCAUCAAGCGCCUCUCCUCGGACCCUUGCGCCAUCCCGAAUGACGAAGGGAGAGGAUUUGCAGGUCGGAUCAGAUUACUCCAUAAAUCGCGAACGCCAUGGCAUCCACAGAUCCAGCCCAAAAUCGAUCGUCACCUCGAGCCUGGGUGUGCUACCACCGCCCUUGUUGACACCGUCACCAGCCAGUCUUGUGGCAGCAGCAAGGACAUGUUCUUCGGAGAUAAGCGCUCCUACUGCAAGGACCGCCAAGACAUUUGCGGCCUCCAUGACGCAAUUGACCACCCGCGGGAAGUAUGAAGAUACUGCCAGAUCACAUCCUAUCAGUUUGACCUCCGAUGUGGCGGUUCAAGAAACACGGGGUGUCAGCCAUCCUGACCUCACACUGGGUUUAACUUCAACGCCACACCGUACUACGGGUGGAACGCUGUUUGGCGUGCCAAGUAUCGGUGACGCCGCUGAGCAAUUGGAGAGCUAUGUUCCGUCGGGGGGCAAAAUCAUUUCCUCGGAAGAAAUGAAACUUGCUAUCAAAGACACGCUUGUCUUCCUUUUAUCGUCCUCGCCAGAAGAUCGGGAUAUCACAUCGCUGCAAAUGCUCAACUGGUCUGUCGCGACAAUGCUCUUUGACGAGAUUGUCAAUUCUGCAAACCCCAAUAAAGCAGUACUGGAUGACUGCUUGAGCGCUUUGUUGCGAAACCUCACGCACCGUGAUGUCGCCGUCGUAUAUGCGGCGAGCGAUGGAUUGAGCUUGUUAGCCCAGAACCGAGAUAUUCUGGGAAAACUGGACAAGCAUAUGCUGCAAUUCGUCUUGGAAACCCUUGUGAACACCACGAUGGAUUUGCUGCUAUUACAGCAUGGACAUUCCGGUAGUCAAGUGCGAGCGCUUUGCGUCUCUAGACUCCUGUACUGUCUCCUCGAUUGGGUCAUGAUAUUCCCGGACGAUGUUCGCGAUUACACCAAGCUCGCCGACAUGAUAUUUGAUGUCAUCGAACAGGCUUUGAACGUUCCUUUGGAAGUCGAUAUAUCAGUAUCAUCUCAGGGCGACAGUGAACGAGGUCAACCGGUUCCUUUCAAGCGCGGCGGACGGACGAGUGUGUACGAAGGGAAUAUCUUUCAGCGUCACUCUUCCGAUGGCGGUCGACCUGGGCCGGGCGAUAAAGCAGAUGCAGUUGCAGCGGCACCACUUAGCGCUGUAACCGGAGGAAAGGGCAUGGAGGAUGCGGCAGGCAAUACAAUGAUCAAGGAUACAGCAGAAAUCGUUCUGACACAUAUAUUGAAUCAUGUACAUAACUUCGCCCCACCAUAUGGGGCUGCAAUGAUGGGAAGCCAAAUCUUAGACCCCAGCCUGCAGGAGGAAGGGAGCCGACGGGAAUCGGACAAGUAUCUGUAUUUCUCGUUUAACCGCACGACGCUGAUCACGUUGGUCGAGAUACCCGGACGGACGCCCCUAGACACACGGGCCCGUCUGAUCAUUCGGGACAUGAGUGGCCGGUACUGCUGGGACUCAAGCUUAUUCUACGAGAGCCUGCAUAACAUGCGGAAACGACUGCAUUCGGGCCGGAGCAACGUCUUCAAUGACAUUUCGAAUCGUUUCGCCGCGGAUCCGUGUCAAUAUCGCGGUGUUUCGCAGAGUUUGAUCUUUCCGGAAGGGGUGGGAUUGGAGAGUCACCCCAGAGAGUUGGAAGCGUGAGUUCAUUGACUUACUGAGGAUUGUUCAGCCCCUGGACAAUCAGAUACUG